AGCUUUACUUCAACGUGGACAAUGGCUACUUGGAGGGGCUGGUGCGCGGCCUGAAGGCUGGAGUGCUCAGCCAGUCGGACUAUCUCAAUCUGGUCCAGUGCGAGACGCUCGAGGGGUCUACAGCUGUGGUGGCAAGCCUAGAGAAGAAAGAGCCUACUCAAGGUCAAAGUGCAGGGCAGCAGGAUAGAAGGUGUGGCCCCUGCUGCCCAGGGUGAGGCUCGGUUGCCUGAUUCUCAGGUGGGGCUGUGGCUAAGGAACACAGGGAAACUGCCCUCCAAGCCCCAUCUCUCCUGGGACAUGCCAGCCCAAUGGAGCCUUAGGGCCUGGGUGGGGAUGACCUGCUGAGGGGCUGCCCGGGCGGAUCUCUGCUCAGUCAGAGGAGAGCUUCUUGGAACUUGCCCUGGGUGCAGCAGUAACCAGUUCUGCCCCUCCCUUUGGCACACAGACCGUCGCCUGCCUGGCACCCUCCUGACUGUCGGAUGGGUCGACUUCCUCAUGGGAUGUGAGAGAUGCUUUUAUUCUCCUAGCCGCAGGGACGAGGUGUUCCUGAGAGCACGGGACCUAAAGCUGCAUCUUCAGAGUACUGACUACGGCAACUUCCUGGCCAACGAGGCAUCUCCGCUCACAGUAUCGGUCAUUGACGACCGACUCAAGGAGAAGAUGGUGGUGGAAUUUCGCCACAUGAGGAACCACGCCUAUGAGCCCCUCGCCAGCUUCCUGGACUUUAUUACUUACAGCUACAUGAUCGACAACGUCAUCCUGCUCAUCACAGGCACACUGCACCAGCGCUCCAUCGCCGAGCUGGUGCCUAAGUGUCACCCGCUAGGCAGCUUCGAGCAGAUGGAGGCCGUGAACAUUGCACAGACCCCUGCCGAGCUCUACAAUGCCAUUCUGGUGGACACGCCGCUGGCGGCUUUUUUCCAGGACUGCAUCUCAGAGCAGGACCUGGAUGAGAUGAACAUCGAGAUUAUCCGAAACACACUCUACAAGGCCUACCUGGAGUCCUUCUACAAGUUCUGCACCCUGCUGGGUGGUACCACAGCCGAUGCCAUGUGCCCCAUCCUGGAGUUUGAAGCUGACCGCCGCGCCUUCAUCAUCACCAUCAACUCCUUCGGCACAGAGCUGUCCAAGGAGGACCGUGCCAAGCUCUUUCCGCACUGUGGGCGGCUCUACCCUGAGGGUCUGGCCCAGCUGGCCCGGGCUGACGAUUAUGAGCAGGUUAAGAAUGUGGCUGACUACUACCCGGAAUAUAAGCUGCUCUUCGAGGGUGCAGGCAGCAACCCCGGAGACAAGACUCUGGAGGAUCGAUUCUUCGAGCAUGAGGUGAAGCUGAACAAGUUGGCCUUCCUGAACCAGUUCCACUUCGGUGUCUUCUACGCCUUUGUGAAGCUCAAGGAGCAAGAGUGCCGCAACAUAGUAUGGAUUGCUGAGUGCAUUGCUCAGCGCCACCGCGCAAAGAUCGACAAUUACAUCCCCAUCUUCUAGCGCCCUGACGCAAGACUCCCCACAAGUGCACUGUGUGUGUCUGUGUGUGCUGUGACAGAGCCCUGGGGGGAAGCACCUUGUCCCUGCAGCUGCCCAGCUUCCGUGACCCUCUCUGAGAUUGCUCUUGGGUCUGAAAAGGGGCUAGGCACCUACUCCCCACUCCAAGGAUGGACCAAGCCCUCUCCAGAGCAGGAAGGCCCCUUAGCCCUAUGUUUACAGCCACUGACAUAUCUGAGAAGCAGGUGGUCACUUUCAUGCCCCUCCCCAACCUGAGAACCCCUGGAGGCAGCGUGAGCCCCUUCUCCCUUUCGUAGGUCACUCUUAUGGCCCAGGAAAAAGAUAGAGUAUCUGUGUGCUUGGGAGGUAGAGGAGGGGGAGUAGCUCCACAGCUCCCUCCCUAUGCACCAUUCCUGAGAUAAUAAAGCUGCUCUCUCUGA